AUGCCUCUUUCAGAAUUGGAUUUUACCGUGUCCGACUUCGACCCUGAACACGAAGCAUUGGCGUCCACCCGCGAGUUCGGCAGUCCGCAGCUUCCCAACAUGAGAUACUCCCACGAAGAAGAAGAAGAGCCAGAUUUUGUGAUUAACACGUCAACUCUGGAGCGCGCUUUCCCAGAGUUCUCUCAACUGCCCACAUCGGAAGAAGAAGAAGACAACAACAACGGAGCACAGCACGGAAAUCUGGACCGCGACACCAUGUCUGAUGUCAGCGAACUGUCCAUGGAAUUGGGCCGCGGUCCCUCCGGCAAACAACCUCGUCGCCUCGAUGACUCUCGCGACUCCCAUUCGUUCCUCCUCGCCCGCCGUUCGCGUCGACUACCCGACCCCCAGAAACAACCUGCUGCGCGUACGACAACCCGACGCGCCGUGAGCGAGAACCUCCGCAAAGAUGCUCAAUUGCGACGCGCAACUCAAGCACAGAAGGAGAACAUGAGCCCUCAAGUGUCUGGCAAAUCACAACGCGACCAACGCCGGACCCUCUCGGAAAUGCACGCGAAAGUACGCGACAGCUACGACGGGUCGUUCAUCGGAGACGAACGCCCCGCUCCAAUUGCAACAAACACGCGAUCGACGCGUUUUGGCAACCUCAACAACUCCCAAGAGAUCGCCGAUGCAGUUGAGCGUGCUUCACGGGAAGCAUACGCGAAGGAGUUGCGCAAAGCCAGCAAUGGAAGCACUCCCCGCAAGACCAGCAACAACCACACCAACACGAUGGGCGAUACCAUGACGCGCCAGUCUUUCCUCCUCCCAGACCUCCCCAAUAUCUCCGAGCUCGUUUCGGGUGUUUAUGAGGACGGCACGCCCGUCUUCCCCCGCCAGCAUAAGAUGCGCUCCACCCGAUUUGUAUCCCCCCCACACGACCAGACUGAUGCGUCAUUUUCGCGUGAACAUAUGCCUCUUGAUGCGGUUCCAAUCCCGGAAGAUGAGAAGGCGUUGUUCGUCUCUCUACGUCUCCUCCAAGAUAAGGUCGCGGAGCUGGAGAUGUACAAGUCUGAUGCGGAGAGGAGAAUUGAGAACUACCGCGAGGAGAAUGCAUUGCUAAAGGCUGGUCGGUCCCGAAAUUCCGACAAGUACGCAAUGGAAGGUGUCGACCAUAAGAAGAGCUCAAAACGUCUGAACUCGGACAUUCAGAAACUCGAAGCAGCCAAUAUCGCUCUACAGAAUCAAUUGGAUAUCGCGGACCGCAAAUCUCAAGUCCAAGAGGCAGCGGUCAAACGCCUCAACCAUGAGCGAGAAUCUGCCAUCUCCCAGUUGGGCGUGGCAUAUCUUGAGACUAGAGAACUCAAGGCUGAAAAUGAUCAAUUGCGUGAAGAGAAUGCCAACCUGAAGUCUCAUCUGGCCAGGAUUUCCGGCAAAUCUCGGGACCAGGAGGCUGUCGAAACGGAUUCCAGCAUGUCUGCCUCCGAUCCCGAUGAUAGCAAUGUGUAUAGUGCCGACAUGAGCCGCAGCACAAGGGACCUUACUUCCAAGAGCAGCCGCAACAAUCUGAAGUCUAAGCGUCAAGAUGACUCUCGGUCUAAGAUCUCGACCCAGGUCGAUAAGGAGAUCUCUCGACUGGAAAAGGAGCGUGCAGAGGAAGCGCUGUUUUCCAUUGAAAUGCCUGCCAAGCGGGCAUCUGCAUCUAAAUCAGCCAAAUCUGGCCAUUCUGAAUCUAAGGGAUCCAGGAAACAGCCAAAUACCUCCAAGCAGCGUGUUAAGCGUGUUAUGUUGGAAGAUGUCAGCAGUGCGGUUGAGUCUACUGAACAGACGAAAGCAUCAUCCGAUGCGGAGGAUCUUACACUGCUGAGUGUUAUUGAUGAACAUGAAAUUGCCCGGCUUCGGAAAACAUUGGAGGAAGAACGAUUGUCGCGCAAGCAGCGCCGAUCUAGUGCUACAAAGGACACUACUGCCACUGAGACUGUGAACUCGACCCGCCAGAGCAUCCUCAAGGCUCCUCUCCCACGAAAGUCGUCCCUCCGCGAGCCCAAGCCUAUUACCUCCCGCCCUGCAUCAGCUGCAGGCGAUGUUACCACCAGAUCGGCAGCUACAACCGAGGGUGAUACUAGUCUCGUUGUGCCCACAUCUGAUCGCCCGAGACGCCAUUCAGAUCACUCCGUGGCUUCACUAUCUCAACGUAAGAAGCGCAGGAACAUUGAAGACAUGACCUCCGCCUUCAUUCUUCCCGAUAUCACUUUGAGCCGCGCAGAGCUGGCGGGUAGUAACCCCUCUCGCCUGCCCGAGACUGCCCAGCGAGCGUUGGACGACAUUGCUCGGCAUGACGGGAACAACUGUAUGAUUUGCAAGAACGUCCUUCCCCAUGAGGGCCCUUGCAACCACGAAGCUGUGAAGAUCCCCACACCCAUUCCUGUUUCAGAGCGCAUGCCUACAACAGAAGAUCCGACCAUGCGCCCUUCUCAGCCUCCCUCCGUUGCCCUCGCCACCGUCCUCAAGACGCUAGAGGACGAACUAUCUCAUCUGAAGAUGCAACUUGCCUCCUACCAAAGCGCCUAUAACAAGCUCGACGCCUCGCUCGGCAAGCGCCAGCGCAAGGCGGUCAUGCAGAAGAUCGAGACUGUGCUGAAGGACAUUGAUCUUAAGUCCGAUCAGAUCUAUGCCCUCUACGACGUUCUGGAAACCUGCAAGGGCGAGAUCACGAAGCGAGACCUUGAUAUGACGUUGGAAUCUAUUGGCAUUGAUGUGACCGCGAACAGUGCCAAGUCUCGCUCAGGUCCGGUCGAUUUGGAGGAUGAGGAUGAAGAUGAUCUGCCCUGGGAGGGUAUUGAAAGCACUGCCGAGUUGACUGGCCGCACGUAAAUUUUGGUGUUUAGGUUUUUUGUGGUUUUAGCUAUUGGCGACUGUAAUACUUUUGCGAAUGGUAUUUCUACUGGAGUUUUGCAUCUCCCAUU